UUAAUAAAAACCUAUCAGAAUGAUCCUCAGCAGUUGCUGCAAAUAUAUUAUUGUUUCCAGUUUCCACCCAUGUGAUCGAUCGAUCUGAAGAAAGUUCCGAUCCUCUUUCACCUCCAUUUGCAAGCAGUAUUGAAUUAUGAAUUCUUCGUGUUGAACAUUGGAACACGCGAGUAGAAAGAUCGGGUGAUCUGUUUCAGUAUUAAACAAACUCCAAAUGCCACUGAUCCAUACGCUCACAGUCUCCGCCAGUGCACACGGCACACAGUCGAGUCGUGUGGUGUCAUCGAUCUGGUGAGCGAGAGACGAUAGAGCAGCCAUGGUUCUGUGCUUGAAGCUCCUCUUCGGCCCCACGGCCGCCAUCUUCCUCUCGGUGGUCGUCAUCCUCUCCUGCUUCACCAACGUGCCGUACCUACAGCUCAGCUACACCGACCAACUCUACGUCGCGCCGCCGGUGCCCAAGUGCGACAUCUUCCGCGGCGAGUGGGUGCCGGACCCGGACUCGCCGCAGUACACCAACGAGACCUGCGACUUCAUCCAGGAGCACCAGAACUGCAUGCUCUACGGCCGCCCGGACCUGGAGUUCCUCAAGUGGCGCUGGAAGCCGGACGCCUGCGACCUCCCGCGGUUCGACCCGCACACGUUCCUCCAGGUCGUCGGCAACAAGACCGUCGCGUUCGUCGGCGACUCGCUGGCCAGGAACCACAUGCAGUCCCUCCUCUGCCUCUUGUCCAAGGUGGCCAAGCCCAAGGACGUGUCGGUGACGGAGAAGACGGACCCGAACAAGAUCCUGUACUACGAGGGCUACAACGUCACCCUGUACCUCUUCUGGUCGCCGUUCCUGGUGAGGUCGGAGGAGGUCGCCGACCAGCCCGGCGUGUUCAGGCUGUACCUCGACGAGGCCGACACCAAGUGGCUGUCCGUCGCGUCCCGGUUCGACUACGUGCUGCUCUCGGGGGCCAACUGGUUCACGCGCCAGUCCUACUUCUACGAGCGCGGGCAGCUCGUCGGCGGCAUGUACGUCCCGCUCAACUUCACCAGCAGCCUCACCAACCAGCACUCGCACCGGAUGGCGUUCCGGACGGCGCUCCGGGCGCUCGCCGGCGACGCCGGGUUCCGGGGCAAGGUUAUCCUGAGGACGCUGUCGCCGAUGUCGCACUUCGAGGGCGGGACGUACGACGCCGGCGGGGACUGCCGGCGCACGCGGCCGUACAGGGCGAACGAGACGGCGCCGAUGGGAGGAGUGGAGCUGGAGUUCUACACGUCGCAGCUGGAGGAGUUCAGGGAGGCCGAGGGCCUGGACGUGGUGCUCAUGGAUCCCACGGCGGCGAUGCUGAUGCGGCCCGACGGCCACCCCAGCCGGUACGGGCACUGGCCGCACGAGAAGCGGACGCUGUACAACGACUGCAUCCACUGGUGCCUGCCAGGGCCUAUCGACGCAUGGAACGACAUGCUGCUCCACAUGCUGUCAGAUUCUAGUUAACACAAAUUUAAGGUGGUUUUUGUUUGUGGUCAAUAAUUGAUUUGGUUUAGCUUAGUUUUUUUUUUUGCCCCUCGAUAUAUACAAUGUCCUCUACUCCGUGCAUCUCGUGCUGGAUUCAGCACAGGUUUACCCACACUCAACAAAGUUGUUCCAUUUGUUAGGCACUAA